AUUGGUAAAACGAAAACAACAACAAGAAGGACCUGGGUAGAUGGGAUAUAUACACACAGACGUACAAAGAGAAAAGUCCUGACCAUGUUCGACUUUUACAGUUGAGCCAAGAACUUAGUUGCAUUAGUCGGAGUCAACGAGUGUUGUUUUCAUUCGGGAUGAAUAUUUGUGUACAUUUUAAAUAGAAUCAGUGGAUAUGGAGUAGGUAGUGGACAAAGUCCUUGAUCAUCCUGUCUCCCUGCUCGCUCAGCUUCCCUGUUGAGACUUAAUACACAAAAGGAUGGUGGAAAAUUCUCAAGUAUUACCAUCAUGGCCUAGAAACAGGUCAUCUGAGCGCAGUCGUGGGUCUAAGACUUUCCGAAACCCACCUCAGCCUCAUAUGUGUAUUCAAGAUUAUUUGGAGGGAUCACAAGAACCAUGCUAUAUCAAUGUCCUAUCAUGGGAAAAGAUUGCACUACCCUCUACUCCUGAAGAUUAUAUUCCACUCUACGGGGGAAUGCAAGUACCACAUUCUCCACCCAGUCAUUCCCCGGUUUUUGCUGUGAUGGCGAACCCAGAAGUUCUGCGUGCCAAAGGAAAGCAUGCUGCAGAUCCUCAGGAAACUCAUGCCCUGGUUUUGAUGUUACUUGAUUUCGUUGAGCUUAUGAACCGCAACCGUGGUCUUCAUUUUGCGAGGCAUUUUCACAUAUUGCCUGACAGAGAUCUAGCUGGGGAAUUGAAAAACGUUUGGGCAGCAGUGCAAAUGAAACGUGCUCAAGAUACAGCUGCAAGAGCUUCGAUGCAGCAGCUAGCCUCAUUAGAGCAGCAAAGAAAGCAACAACUAGUACAUCAGUUGAAGAACUCAGUCGACAGAGAUGUUGAAGAGCAGAUUCAACGUGAACGCAGGAAUCAACAACAACUUUUUAAAGAAAGACAGGCAAUUGCUCAAAGAGAACAACGCUAUCGUCAGCAGCAACAACAGCAUGAUGAUCUACAAAGGAGAAUGGAUGAGUUUGAGAUGGAGAAGUAUUUAGAACAGAGACAUCAUCAAAGACUUCUACAUGAACAGCAAAGAGAUCAGAAACGCUAUGACCGUCUUCUCAUGAAAUCUUUGGAAUCCCCUAAAACGUCAGACAGUAAUGAAGGGAGACACAUGUCUGAUUCAGAGUUUCUAGCAGAAAACUCAACAGCACUAGACUUUAGUGUCAAGCGGCAUGCCUCUGAAGACUCUUGCUUAUCCAUUGUUGGCAACAAUUGUGAUGAUAGUCAAAAUUCUAAUCAAGACCUGGAAUCAAUUGAUCUUGGAGACUCCUCACCGGUCUCAACCCCUACCACACCAACUUCUCCUCACAGUAACAUUAUUGACUGUAGCUCAAUGAAAUAUAGAGAACAGGAAUAUUUAUCAACAUCUGCCAGUGAAUCUGACUAUACUUCAGAUGAUGGAGAUGCAACUGAUAUUGAUGCAGAACUUGAUGGUGAGAGUGAUACUGAUGGUGAGAAACGGCAUUUUUUAGCUCGAGUAACAUUGAGAGUUGAUUCAGAGGAAGAAAAUCCUUUUGAGGUAGAGUCCAAAGGCGGACAUGAUGGAGGCACCACCAGUAAGCUCAAACAUUGAAUUAAUGAAUGUUCUGGUUCAAACAUGCUCAUCGUCAUUUAUAUAAGUUGUCAUAGUCAUUGAGACAUAGGCUAUAGCAACUAUGUUUUAAGUGUGUGAGACAGAAGAGGAAUUUUUGUAGCAUUGUUUUUGUUAGUUUUUUGUUUUGUUUUAUCUUUGGGGGGAAAUGCCAUGUGAUCUCAUUGUGAAUUUUGCUGUUAUUGUUUUUAUUAUUUUUGAGGGCUAAGGAUUGUAUUAGAGAGUGCAGGUUCUGUUCUAUCAAUUUUCUCAAUACUACUUGUAUUUAUGAUUUGCCCCACUGUUCUGAGAAGCAUGGUUCAUGUCUCAUAUCAAGCAUCCAACAUUUUUGCGGUACUAAACAGCAAUCACACAUUUUCAUUACUAUACCUUCCACUUGAUGCUUCGUAAAGCUUACGUUGCGUGGAAAUUAUGCAUGCGUUUUGUGACCUCUUAAUCAACAACACUUAUUCUUUUCAUCGUUGUAUGUACUGUAACUCUUCAUAUUUUUAAUGAAUUGAGUAUCAUGUCAAUUUAUAAGGUUUUAUGCCACUCAUGUGUUAUCUUUUUCAUUGUUGUUUUAUUUUGUUGAAAAUGUUUAUGCUUUCCUUAGAUUUAUGUUUUGUAGACUUAUUUGGACAUUUUUAGUAUAUGUUGUGCCUUGUGCAUAUGUCAUGUUAAAUGUAUGUUUUAAUUGACUUGACUUUAUUUAAAUCUCUUUUUUUUGUGUGUAAAGUGCUGAAGUAUGUAAUCAUCCAAUCACCAUAAUCCUAACUGAUAGGCUGGAUAGUAUUUUGGUACUAGUCAUUGUAGGUUUCCCUUUCCUUUUGUAAGCCCAUUCUCAUCUUCUAUUGUUUAGAGGGCCAAUCUCUUUGGUAAUUAAUUUCCUAGGUCACAGAGGUUGUUUGUUUCUUUUAUUAGUGAUGCUUUGCUUCUUGUAUUUCUCUCAUUUAAAAAAAACAAAAAACAAUGAAAUAAGUUGAAGUGUCUUCAUCUUUGGAGGCUUGUUCAUGGUCAUCUGAAGACAAGAUUGUCCUGCUGAAGCUGUGAGUGAAAUCUUUUGGAAUCUUCUUCAUGAUUUGUUGUAAAUAACGGACUCAGUGUACAUACUGUACAUUUUUAAUUACAUACUACUCGUUUAUUAUUUUAGGUUACUUUAUCUGACCUAGUCAGCUCAAGUACUCAGCUUACAGAAAGCAAAUUUAAUUGGUUUUUAAAGAGAUAGAAUGUGUAAAGUGUAUUUGUGUAUUAUGUGGCUGCAGAAUGUUUUUGCUCUAGUAUAAGUCUUCCCAGUAUGGCUAUGUGUAGGGAUCUAAUAAUUGUGACAGCCAUUUCAGACUGAUUUUGACAUCAGUGUGUUUAAUUCCAAAUUUGUACAAGACUUCUACUGUCAAAUUUGUGAUCUCAUUUUACAUUACACCUAUUGUCAUUGACUGCUAUUUGACUUAAAAUCGUACAAAAUCAGUGUAAUAUAGGCUAGAAUCUUGAAUCCCAUUUUUUUUAAAAACAUGUUUUUUGUAACCUUUUAUUUUAUUAGGACUUUUGGUGUAUUAUGACAGUGUGCCUAUUGUUCUUCAACAAAUCCCCUUAUAAUUUAUCUGAGUGCCAAACAGGUUUAGCUAAUUAUGUUUCAUGUGUGCCACUUUUAGUUCCUAAAUUGUAGCUACUGAAAUUGGUGAAAGCAACUUGUUUCCACAUUUUUCAUCACAACCAGUGUAGGUAGUGACAAUACAUAUGCAACAUGCAAGUUGUAUUAUUGCUGCUUUAA